AUGGUUGGCCAAGGGCCGAGUGAUCAAGGAUGUGAUUACUUUGAUGUGUGUAUGGUGGCACGUGAAACUACACCGAGUGCGGUCGGCCGUGAGAGCACCGCACUGAAUGUCGGUAAUGACAUUUUUGGCGAUACGCCAUUUAGUGUGGGCGGCCGUGAAGGCACCACGCUUAACGUCGGUAAUGGCGUUGUUGGCGAUUCGCCAUAUAGUGUGGGCGGCCGUGAGGGCACCACACCUAAUGUCAAUAAUGAUAUUGUUGGCGAUACGCCGUAUAGUGUGGACGGCCGUGAGGGCACCACACCUAAUGUCAAGGAGGAGGUGGACUAUGGUAGCGAUACCAGUGUCCGCGGUGAUAAAGGGACAAUGUCCGGCUCACUGAUGCCUGAGGCACAACUUUCGAACACCCCAAAUCCGUUCGCUGAACGUGGAGGUGCGAGCGCGCCACCAGCGCAGUAUGCAGCGUCUGGGUCUGAUGAGACUAUCAUUACGAACCCGCUCAAUGAGCAACAACAACUGCUUGUUCAAAGAGAAGAAAACGCUCAGCGUCAUGUACAAAUGGCUACAACCCUUGAACGCCAGCGUGACUAUGUGUUCACCCCACCCAGUGUGGAGGAACGUCUACGUCAAUCGGCCGGCCAAACAUUGGCAACGUGGGUCAUUGGCCAUGGGCCUAAGACUCCUGAGGAGGUUGUGAGCUGCCAGGCACUUCGCAAGAGGUACCCGAUGCCGCACCUAACGACUCAAAGUCAAUACAAGGCACGCCUUGACAUGCAAGCGCGUGGUACACCGGUUCCACCGAUCAAGGGUAUACCCAUUCUCUUGUUCGCAGGCGAAACAGUGAGCGAAGAAGACGAUGCCUUUGUUCACUGGGUGCACUAUGUGCGUCGCCUCAGCAACAUUUUUGCUCUAAGGGCUAGUGCCAGUGUGGCUGACGUGCGUCUUGAACGCAAGCUUCGGUAUGAUUAUUCCAAGCUUAAGGCCAGAGGCCAAUUGCGCAAGCGCACGCGCUAUGCUUCGGCUACUAAGGUAGCCGCGAGUGCUGGUCAGUCUGUGGCCAACAACCCGCCAACCCGCACCACUAGUGGUGGGGAACGGCCUCGGCCUCGAGACGACCAUGGCCACGAUGCUCAAAAGCCUCCAAAGCAUAUGGGCAGUCUUGCCGAAGGGUCGGUGGCGGCCGGUGUACCGGUGGAGGCCCACGAGAAAUUGGUUCUCGAAGUGAAGGGUCUUCAAGAGGCCUUGGGUAAGUCCCAGUGCAUGCUGGAUGCGAUGCAAAGCCGCCUUCAGGCGAUGGAGCAAGCUCAAACUCGGAGCGAGGCUCAGUUGGACUUGCUGAUUCGUCUACAGCAAUCCGGGGCAGUGCCCUUGUCGUCGGCGCAAGCGCCUCCAAGUUCACAUGGGAAGGAUCCCGGUACGGCUUAA